UCUCUCCUUCUCCCUCGCCCCUUCAUCUCCAGUCUGCUUCUGUUGUCUCGGCGGUGAGCUGGUCUGGGAGAGGGGAUCUCGCGAGUGUUGGAGUUUUGGUGAGAGUUUGUGGAAGAUGGCGCCUGUUGUGACAGGGAAGUUUGGGGAGCGCCCUCAACCACAGCGCCUGACGAGAGAAGCAAUGCGGAACUAUCUGAAGGAGCGAGGAGACCAAACCGUUCUGAUCCUGCACGCUAAAGUUGCACAGAAAUCAUACGGCAAUGAGAAAAGGUUCUUCUGCCCUCCUCCGUGCGUGUAUCUGAUGGGCUGUGGCUGGAAGAAGAAGCGGGAACAGAUGGAGAGAGAUGGCUGCUCAGAGCAGGAAUCUCAGCCAUGCGCCUUCAUUGGAAUUGGCAACAGUGACCAGGAGAUGCAGCAGCUCAACCUGGAGGGGAAGAACUACUGCACAGCCAAAACAUUGUACAUAUCUGACUCGGACAAGCGCAAACAUUUCAUGUUGUCAGUGCGGAUGCUGUAUGGUAACAGCGCCAACAUUGGAGUCUUCCUCAGCAAACGCAUCAAGGUCAUCUCCAAGCCUUCCAAAAAGAAGCAGUCCCUCAAGAAUGCUGACUUGUGUAUAGCAUCAGGAACGAAAGUGGCACUGUUUAACAGACUGCGCUCUCAGACGGUCAGUACACGCUACCUACAUGUGGAGGGAGGGAACUUUCAUGCCAGCUCGCAACAGUGGGGAGCGUUCUAUAUUCACCUGUUGGAUGAUGAGGAGUCAGAGGGAGAAGAGUUCACUGUGCGUGAUGGUUAUAUUCACUAUGGCCAAACCGUCAAACUCGUCUGCUCUGUCACAGGAAUGGCCCUGCCUCGACUGAUCAUCCGUAAGGUGGAUAAGCAGACAGCCUUGUUGGAUGCAGAUGACCCCGUGUCUCAGCUGCAUAAGUGUGCCUUCUACCUAAAGGACACGGAGAGGAUGUACCUGUGCCUUUCCCAAGAAAGGAUCAUCCAAUUUCAAGCCACUCCAUGCCCGAAGGAACCAAAUAAAGAAAUGAUCAAUGAUGGCGCCUCUUGGACAAUCAUUAGCACGGAUAAAGCAGAAUACACCUUUUAUGAGGGAAUGGGUCCUGUCCAGUCAUCUGUCACACCUGUGCCUGUGGUCGAGAGCUUACAGCUGAACGGUGGAGGGGACGUAGCGAUGUUGGAGCUAACAGGACAGAACUUUGCUCCAAACCUGCGUGUGUGGUUUGGAGAUGUGGAAGCAGAAACCAUGUACAGGUGUGGAGAGAGCAUGCUGUGUGUAGUUCCGGACAUUUCAGCGUUUCGCGAGGGGUGGCGGUGGGUAAGGCAACCCGUGCAGGUUCCGGUGACGCUGGUGCGGAACGAUGGCAUCAUUUACUCCACCACACUGACCUUUACAUAUACACCAGAGCCUGGGCCCAGGCCUCACUGCAGUGCAGCUGGUGCCAUCCUGCGGUCUGGCAGCAGCGGCCUGCUGACCACCAGUGGGAGCAGCACAGGGGGAAACGCAGACACAGCAGCCUACGGCACCAACAGCACACCAAACUCAGUCACAGCAUCGUCCUCCAACGCCACAGCCGCCGUGGUGUCAUAACGUACACAGGAAUACUUGAACUCUUUGCGUGGAAAAAAAGAAAAUUAACAACAAACAAAAAAAGACAAGACUUCUUAAAAAUUGCUGCAUAUUGAUUUCAAAUCCAGAAGACAGAAUUGAGGAAUUCUUAGAGUGGAGAUUCAAAGUUGGAAAAAAAAAAAGAAGAAGAAGAUGCAGUCUUGGGAUGUUCAACUCUCUGCACUCUUCUGUAAGGAACACAAGUGUCUGUGUGGUGCUGUGUGUGACGGACACAAAAGCCAGAAAGGCAGAACACGCCCGCACCGAUCGGCAGGACACAGAAAACGAGAAGAAGGAGCCCCAGCAAUGAGACAUCUGCCGUGUACAAAAAUAUAUGUUGAGAUAGAAGUUCUAUUCUCCUCCCCCUUUUAUUUUAACUUCUUCCUUUCUCUCCCUCUUCCCUAGUUUGUGUGUUUUUGUGAAGGAGCACGAUGUGUCAUUGCUUGUGGGUGGAUCUGGACUCGUUAGAGGAGGGUCACAUUCAAAUUGUAAGAGUUACAUAUAGUUUUAUGGACCAAGGUUAUUGUAUAAGCUUUAGUAAUGGUACAUUUUUCUCCAUACUUUUUUUUUUUUUAUCAAAACAUAUAGUAUGCUUUUGUUACCAAAUAGAUUCUGUUCCUAUUCUGAGCUUUUACACUUUUUACAUUUUGUUGUUACUUUCUGAGUUUUUUGAUGAUUUUUUUAGGAUGAGGGUGUAGCAGGGUGUUGUUGCCUGGCUUCUGUAUAAAGCUUCUUUCAUCUCUUUAGCAAACAGUUGCUUUUCACCUGUUUGCUCAGACUUCGUUUUUGAUACUUCUCGAUUUUUAAAAUGGGACUUUUUUCCUUUCUUUGUUUCUUGUUUUUAAUUUGAAUUUUUCUUUGGGAAGAAACUCAGAGGGUCUAUUUUUUAUUGUUGUUUUUUACAAAGUCUUUGGAAAGAACAAAAAAGCUUUAAGCGACGCCUCUGCCUUGCCUGCAAUAUGAUGUGAAUAUGCUUCCUUUAAGGAUUUUGUAUCAUGUGUGUGUCUUGGUCAUACAGGAGGAAGUGUAAUCUCUCUUCUCCUCUUCCUGUUUAAAUUCAGUGAUCCAGAAAGAAUCCAGAAAGCACCAUUCGCAAUACAGAGGCCUAAAGUCGGUUUUACAUCAUUGUAUCCACUUGUUGACUCAAAACAGUAGCCAUAGAGUAGUGUACAGUUCUAGCGCACAAAGAGUGUAUGUCUGUCACAUAUCUGCGAUCUGAAGCAGCGUUGCUGCAUUUGGAUUUUUGGUAACAUUUCACUGUAGUGAAAUGUUCCUAAAGCUGCAUUAUACCUACUUAAGCCCUUUAUGAUAACUGACAUAGUCCAGUGUUUUCCAGUAGGUGUCAUUUGUUGAUUUGUUGCCAAGUUUACAAAACAUCAACAUCAGCUAACAUCAGUAGGUUAUGGCAGAUGCCUGUUGAAGUAAGCCUGCAUAAAUGUUUGUCAGUAGUCAUGAAGGGCUUACAUAGGAGUAGCCUAUGUAGCCUUAUGAACACUCCCUUACAGUAAAGUGUUACUGGAUUUGUUACCAUGGAAGUGUCAUAAGUCAUGUCUAAACCUUUUUUGUGCUUUCAUAAUCAAAAUUGCGGCAUUUAAAAAAAAACAAACACUUAAAUUCCUUUUUGUCUUCCUACACUUUGGUUUUUGUUAUCAAUACAUCCAGUGUUUUGUUAUGAAACUGACUGGAUUAUUAUACUGGAUUAAGUCAUAUCCUUCAUUAGACGUGGCCUUACUGUAACAACAUAGUUAGAGUGCAGUUCACGCCUUAAGAACGUGGCCUGUGAACUAUGAGCUCUUAAGCUCAGCCUUGUAUUGUUCGUUUUGAAUUUUUUCCAGUUUUUUUUGUACAACAGAGCAGUUUUACAUUGACUUGACACCCUUAACUUCUGUAUGUUGUCAGACUUUAAAUGAUGGAAAUGAUUUUCUCUCACAUGAACAUACCCAAAGAUAUUGUGAUACAUAGUUGUUUUUGUUUGUGUAUGUGUGUUGGCAGUCAUGGCCUCUUGUACACCAAAAGUAGAGAGCUUUAUUACACCAGUUUAUUGGUUUCUUUCUUGUGGCCUUGCUAACACACUAAUGUAUGUCAAGAUGUAUUAAUGGCAAUUAGGAGUUAACUAACAAAUCAGCCUGCUCUAGUAGUUUUGUAACAUUUUUAUCUUUCCUUUGUACAGUAAUUUAACUUGUAAGGACCAUCAGUGUGCUUCCUUUUGUUGUUGUUAUUGAUGUUUUUUUCUUUCCUUGCACCUGAAUCUAGCAACUUUCUGUGGUAUUUGUUGUCGGAGCAGUUUAGUGUGUCUGGUAUCCAACUUUGUCACUUCCUUUACAUCGUCCUAGUAGUAAUGGACAAGGGACUAGAGAUGUGUCCAAUAGAACUCAAUGGCCUUUAGAUCCGUGUUUGUCUUUCAAAGAUAUAUGCAUACAGCAAUAUUGUAUAGGUCACGUUCUGUGUCUUGGUCUGUGGGAGUAACCACUGAUUUUCACCAGCCUGAUCCACUUUUUUGUGGCUACGAUGAACAGCACACUCGUCUAGAGUCCAAUUCACUUCGUUUCACAUUCAUCACUUUAAAAAGGAAAAAAAAACUACAGUUUUUCAUACAGUGGUUUUAGAA